CCAUGAAGCAAGCUGACUUCGUCCGCAGCAAGUCUUUCCUGGUGGCUCCUGCCAGGCCCACUGUGGACCGGAGGCAGGGGACAAAGCUCUGCCUCCAGGAGGGGCUGCAAAGAGGAAUCUCGUUGUCCCAUCAGAACUUGGCAGCUCAGUCUGCAGUGAUGACGGAGAAAGAAUUGCAUCAGAUGAAGAGAGCCAGUUACGCCAGUGCAGAUCAGCCAUCCUGGAUGGAACUUGCCAGAAAGAAAUCGCAAGCUUGGAGUGACAUGCCCCAGAUUAUAAAAUAGGCUGACAGCCUGCUGCUAAAGAAUGUCCACUACCUUGACGGGUCACUGAGUUAAAAACUGCCAGUAAAUCAAGGCAAACAAACUGUGAAACUGAAGAGUGACUUUAUCGUCAAGUUAGGGGAGAACAAGCUUGGGGAAGAGGAGGGAACCAGGCCAACAAAGACACACACACAGCCACAAUCCUGGGCCCAAGGUGCCCUAAAACAAGAACACCAUUGAAAAGGGCCAGGAACAAGGUCCUGUGCCCAAAGGUAUGAAUGUGAGUCUUUGAGAAUUGCCUUGAUAAAGAGGGCUUGGACAGAAAGAGAGUGGGAGUGAACCAUGAAUGCCAAAGUCAGGAGCGCCUGCCAGGUCAGAGGAGAAGGUCUUCCAGGAGAACGUGUGUCUCUGCUUCCACCCGAGAUCAACCUGUGUCUCCGGUUCUCGUCUUGCCUGUGGAUCCCGUCUUCUUUCAUGUUUACUAUAAGGCAUGACAUUUUUGGUAAAACAGGGAUGCCAUUUCCAAGAGCAGCUAUAAAACCGUCUUCCUGAAGAUAGUCACUCUAAGAAGGAGUGGAUGGAACAUAGCCGGGUUCAUCAAUUCACAGACUGUUUCCAAAAAUAAUUUUUAGACUUUUCCACAAGGCAUCUGUGUCCUUAACCAUUGCACAAUGCAUUGCCUGUUCAAUAAAAGGUUUCAAACAUG